AUGAUUUUCAUGAAGAACGAGCCUCCUAAAAGGGGUUUAAACGCUCCCGAAAGUUCAAGAGAGCAGAAAAGUCGCAAAGGAUUUUUUCUGUAUCGAGCACCUCCGUCGCCAAAUUUUAUGGAUGCAUCAGCUAUUAAUCCAAAUGUGGAAAGAAUGUCUCCUCGAAGUCAGAGACGCGACCAGCCGUACAUUAUCUCCGCACCUUUGCAGGAUAAAAGCGCACUUAACACACUUAAUGAUGAUUACAGAUAUGCAGGAGCAGUACCGGGCUACCGACAUGACCCUGCUUUCGAAGGGUAUAGAGGAGCUAAACUGCGUAGGGAAGUUCCAAUACAAAACCCAAUGUACCAACCAGCACCUACCCUCUAUGAUCGCGUACACAUCGAAGAACUAGCACUAUCCGACGGACCUCAACGCUUCGGAGGGCUGGAUCAGAGUAGACCCAUGUGGGAAAGAGAUUUGUAUCCAAGAGCUACAUCAGACCCUUGUGCCAAUGGCAAGAUUGGGGGUUACGAUUUGAAAUUUUCCAGAGAUGUGAUCAGAGAAGAAACCAGAGAUGAUGAUAACUUCAGGAAACAUGAUCGCGAGAGCCCCAGCUAUACCAGACCUUCAAAAUAUGCUCGUGAACGUCGCAAUACCCUUGAUUACAUACAAGACAGA